AUGUUGGCCCAGCUGAAGAGCGUCGGCGUUGAUGGAUGCUGGCUGGUCGCUAGUUUGGGUGGAAAUGAUGAGGGGUCGAGUAUAGUGAGGGAGCUCGAGAAGGCAGGCGUCAGUACACGGUACUCCAAGGUUUGGGACGGAUUCGGCGUCCCUGCCGCCUGGGUCCUGCAUGCCGGCGAUACGGACUCGCAGACGGUCAUCAACCACAAUCCACUACCCGAUAUCACACAUGAAGAGUUCAUCGCUGCGCUCGGACCUGUUCUUGCACCCGAGAACUAUCCUCCAGAAAUGGACGGUACUGGUUCACCAGAAGCUCCUCGACCCAGUCUAUCCUCGCAACAGCCGCCUCGAUCACCGCGAUCUCUGGCACCAUUUGACUGGAUGCACUUUGAGGGACGUAGUGUCAAGACAACAUUAAGCAACAUCGUUGGCUUAGACGGGUUGGCAAAGGAACGCCACUGGCGCUCACAGUGCGUCUUCUCAGUUGACGUGGGACGACGUGCCAGACAAGGCAUCGAAGCGCUUAUUCCACAUGCGGAUGUGCUAUUCCUGAAUCGACAUUACGCCCAGACGCACUCUCCAGCCUACGCCCGCACACCACGCGCCUUCCUCCUCUCGCUCGCCACGCUAGCCCCGCCGCAUGCUUUAUUAGUUGCCUACUGGGGUGAAGACGGCGCGGCCGUCUUAUCUGUACCAACUCGGGAAUACUAUCAGAGCUCAGGCUGGGUUGAUGACGCGCCAUACAUGCCGCAGCCCUUACCCGGCGACAUUGAAGACGUCGAAAGCGUGAAGAGUGUGCGAUCUGGGAGCGACUUUUGGGCGGGCCGGCGAGCCAGUCAAGCAACCAGCAGCAGCGCAUUCUUCAGUGCAGGCGUCGCGAGCCCUACGCCAGGCCCGCACAUGCGUUCUCUGCCCUCAGACGAUUCCCACGCUACUCCUGCUCGACGACGAAACGGCAAGGGAAAGCAGCGCGCGCACGAUGAUGGCGAUGAUUCCGACGAUAGUCAAGGCACCGAGAUCGGCGCCGCACCUUCUUCCAUGCCACCACAACCGAAGAAGGCCGAAGUCCUGGACGAUGUUGGUGCACAGGACGCUUUCGUUGCGGGCAUGAUGUAUGCGCUCAGUCGCCGGCUUGUCCCGGGUGCUCCAUACGCGCCCGGUCUCGCUAGUCAUUCACCUCCGAAUUCUCAAGAUGGCGGAAGAUGGAGACUCGAUGAGUGUCUGCGGUUUGCUACCGAGUUGGCUGGACGGAAAGCGCGGAUGCGAGGCUGGGAUGGAUUGGGAGAGGAGAUGAGCAGGGCGGGUUGGUUUGAGUCUUGA